AUGGCCUACCACUAUAAAGCAGACGUAGAAACUCUAAAUGAUGACCAACAAACAUUACAAACAUUGUGCGUGGUGUGCAUGUGUGAGUUUGAAGCGAGACAGAAAAUUAGGAUACUUCCGUGCAAGCACCAUUAUCAUUCCAAAUGUGUUGACAAGUGGCUUAAGAUGAACAGAACAUGUCCCAUCUGUAGGAAUGACUGUAAAAGCAGCACUCGUCAUUCUACAGCAAACACGUGA